AUGGCAAAUAGCACGCGAUUCUUCGUCAAUUGGCAUAGUCCACGGCUGGCUAACGGCUCCCGACCCGGCAUUUCUCCACCUUCGGGCGAUGCACCCGAGUGUUCCCCUCAUAAAAGCAUGUCUAGCAACAUCGUCCCCCUUACCGUCAUCAAAGGCGCCGGCCAUGAGUUUAUACCUCUCCCCAAGGGCGAGAACGCAACCACUGCCGACUUCCACUCUAUCCGCACCAAGACUGAAUCCCCUGCACACUUCACUUCGGGAUUCUACAAAAUAGAGGCUGGGCCUGAAAGACCCGCGAGCUACAAUUUUGAGGAGACAAAAUAUGUCCUCAAUGGCCAAAUUGAUGUUUUGGACGAGGCUACCGGGAUCACCCAUCACCUAGUCCAGGGAGACUUUGCUUUUUUCCAUGUUGGAUCUAAGGUCAAGUUCUCGACUAAGUCUCAAGGCCUUGCCUUCUAUGCUGUUACUCGACCUAUUCGAUCCCCUCACCCUAAUCUUAAAGAUCGAGAGGAGGGCAAGGCUAGAUUGUAA